AUGGCCAGUAUGGAGCAAAAUGGCCUCAGUCCGUUUGCCCCAAGUGGAUAUAAGGUCUGGCGAAAUGUUCGCGAUUACGGUGCUGUAGGGGAUGGAGUCACAGACGACACAGAGGCUAUCAAUAAAGCCAUCUCUGACGGAGGCCGCUGUGGUGCUAACUGUGGCUCGAGUACAAUCUAUCCUGCCACAGUAUGGUUCCCAGCCGGUACUUAUCUUGUCAGCUCUCCGAUCAUUCAAUACUAUAAUACGGAGUUUUUAGGUGACCCAUUGAACGUACCAACAAUUCUAGCAGCUUCUAGCUUCGUCGGAUUGGGUGUCAUAACCUCGGACGUGUAUACAAGUGAUGGAGGUGAAUGGUACAUCAACCAGAACAACUUCCUGCGCAGCGUCAGGAAUUUCAAGAUUGACAUUCGCCCAACGGACCCUUCGGCUUAUAUUUGUGGUAUUCACUGGCAGGUGGCCCAAGGAACCUCCCUGGAGAACAUUGAGUUCUACAUGUUGUAUAAUUCCGAUGUUCCCACGAACACGCAGCAGGGAAUUUAUAUGGAGAACGGAUCGGGGGGCUUCUUGGCGGAUCUGACCUUUGUAGGAGGCAACUUUGGUGCCUAUUUCGGAAAUCAGCAGUUUACUUCCAGCCAGCUCGUGUUUGUGCAGUGUAAUACAGCCGUUCAGGUUCACUGGGAUUGGGCAUGGACUAUGCAGGACUAUGUCAUUGAAUCUUGCACGAAUGGGUUGACAAUUGUUGGAGGAGCUGGCGGGGCCCUGAGUACCGGACAAGGAGUCGGCUCGCUCGUCCUUGCUGAUGCUAUUAUUGCGAACACGCCAAAUGGUAUCAUUACCUCUCUCUACGCAGAAAAUUCCACAUCUCUCCUCCUGCAGAAUGUGGGAUUCUUCAAUGUCAAAACUGCUAUCACGGACUCUGAAAAGAACCAAAUCCUCUUGGCUGGUGGAGACGAGGUACUCAAGGAUUCUUGGGGCUUCGGCAUGAUCAGCGAUGCGACAGGUAAAGGAUCCUUCGUUUCUGGUCAAGAUGUUCCUGCCAUGAACCGUACAGAUGCUAUCACGGGGACUCAAUCCUACGUGAAGUCCAAUCUGUUUACCCGUCGGCGACCUCAAUAUGAGAGUCUUCAGCUAGCGGACAUUGUCAAUGUGAAAAGGUUUGGAGCGAAGGGUGAUGGAAGCACCGACGAUACGGCAGUUCUCAACUAUGCCUUUUCUUACGCUGCUAAUCUGUCUGCGAUCGUAUAUAUUCCUUUUGGGGUGUACAAGAUUCACAAUACGCUGAAUAUUCCUGUCGGCUCGCGCAUUAUCGGGCAGGCUUGGUCUCAAAUCAUGGCCACAGGCGAUAAGUUUGGAGACGUCGAUAAUCCUCGUGUGGCCGUUAAGGUGGGAGUCGCUGGUGAUGUAGGCAUUGUCGAGAUUCAGAACAUGCUUUUCACUGUUUCCGGUCCUACUGCGGGUGCCAUUCUCGUUGAGUGGAACGUGGAGCAGUCUCUGAAAGGAUCUGCUGCUAUGUGGGAUUCACACAUUCGAAUUGGCGGCGCCAUUGGUUCAAAGCUGCAGAAGGCACAGUGUCCAAAGGGUACUGGCAAGGUCAAUCCUGACUGUAUUGCAGCAUCUCUUUUACUCCAUCUCACGCCUUCUUCGACCGCGUAUAUGGAGAAUAUUUGGGUCUGGGUCGCAGAUCAUGACCUAGAUGUCAGCACCCAGGAUCAAAUCGAUAUCUUCGCAGCUCGUGGCAUUCUGAUUGAGAACCAACUGUCAUGGCUAUACGGUACCGCGUCGGAGCAUUGCACCCUUUAUCAGUACCAGCUUUCAGGUGCAAAGAACAUCUUAAUGGCAAUGAUCCAAACAGAGUCACCUUACUACCAGCCUGUUCCCUUGGCACCCAACCCUUUCACACCAGGAUUCUUCCCCAACGAUCCUUUGUUUGAAGACUGCGAGUCAAAUUCAAUUUCCUGUGCCUUAUCCUGGGCAGUGCGCAUCAUUGAUUCUUCCUCUAUCUGGAUUCUUGGAAGUGGUCUCUAUAGCUGGUACUCAGGCUACUCACAGGACUGUCUUGAGACCAACAGCUGUCAGCAACGAGGUCUCGAAGUUGAAGAAAGCAAUGACCUUUGGAUUUACAACCUCUGUACCAGGGCUAUAGUGGAAAUGGUCACCCCAUUCCAGGGAGUUCCUACGUACGCGAAGGACAACAUGAAUGGACUCCUUUCAUCGAUUCUAGUCUGGCUGGGCGGUGCAAAGCAGACUGCGGGUAAAAGACAGUUUCCCGGCUGGUCUAUAUACACUUCGUCUACCCUCGAUGAGCUUGACCUUCCUCUGGGCUGCCAAACAGCUCUCUCAGAAAAAGUCAAAUGUGACCCAUACGUCAGACAGAUGAUGCCACGCUCUUAUCAUGGGUCGCUAGGCAACGAUACGCUCACUGAGUUGGUCUGCGAUGAUAGUUGUGGAGCAAGCUUACGGCAAUGGGUCUCGUCAGUGCAGCAGACUUGUACCGGUUACAAUAUCAGCGGUGCUCCUCCAGAGUUGUUCGGAGGUCGAAUGUGGGCUGGCUACAAUGAGACAUGCAGCAAGGAUGAGGACACGGGAAAAUACUGCAACGAUGUCAUUGAUGCCUUCACCUUGGUCGAUUCCACUGAAGAUAUGCCCGAUAACGAGAUCUGCUCCUACUGCUAUACCUCACGUCUGCAAAUGAUGCAGCAAACCCCCUAUUCUAUGUACGAUGACUACUAUCAAGGGGUUCUUGAGACGAUCAACAAGCGCUGUGGCCUCUCUGGGCCAACCGACAUUCUUGAAAUAUCCUACAAUCAACAGGAAGGUGAUUCCACCUGUGUAUUCGACGAAACCUACACAACGGCAAAAGGAGACACCUGCAGCUCCAUUGCGGAGGCCAAAAGCAUUUCCUCUGCAGCACUAUACAUGGGUAACCAAAAGCAAAUUUUAGACUGCUCAACCCUUACUGAAGGCUUGAAGCUCUGUCUCCCCCUCUCCUGUGAAAGUACAUACUCGAUCGAAUCGACAGACAACUGUACAAUGAUUGAAUACGCCUUUGGGCUUUCGUCUGGAGAUCUCCGCCGUUAUAACCCCUGGAUUUCAUACGACUGUGAUAACUUGCAGGUAGCGAGUCAAAUCUACGGAACAAAUAUUUGUCUAUCGCCGCAAGGUGGUACAUACACGAACGCGACAGCUGGGACUGGCUCGACAACGCCUUCAAUAUCAAAUGGCUACGUUCCCAUAUAUUUGGCUCCGCCUGCCAAUGCCUCUUUGGCUCAAGACACGACCCCCAAUUGUGGAAGGUGGCACGAGGCCGCUGCGGGUGAAACCUGCGUCGGUAUUUGUGGACAGGAAGGUAUCACACAUGAUUUAUUUGUGACGGUCAAUCCGUCACUGGAUUCCACGCAUUGCUCGGAUAGUUUGCAGACUGGAAAGACAUAUUGUGCUGGUCCACUGUAUACUUGGAAUGACACCGAGCCUGUGACUGAGACUACCACUGGUUUGGCGGCUUCAGCAACUCUGUCUGUAUAG